GCAGCAGCGGGUGGACAUGAGCCGGGCGGCGGCGCUUCUCCUCUGCCUGCUGGGCUGCAACGUGUGGAAGGCGGUGACCAAAACCCUGCGGGCGCCCGACGCGGCUCAAGAAGUGAUACUGAAGGUCCAUGUAAGUGAUGCCACCACACAUCAGCCAGUAACCGAAGCCUUUAUCGAGAUUUUUAGCAACCAGAUUUCCAUUGCCUCUGGAACCUCAGGAGCAGAUGGCACUGCCUUCAUCAAGUUUCAGUAUAAGCUGGGCAAUCAGCUGUUUGUUACUGCUAGUAAACAUGCUUACGUGCCAAAUUCUGCACCAUGGAAACCUAUAAGAUUGCCUGUGUUUUCGUCACUGAGCCUUGGCCUUCUUCCUGAACGAUCUGCUACUCUGAUGGUCUAUGAAGAUGUAGUACAGAUUGUCUCAGGGUUUCAAGGUGCACGGGGCCAGCCUCGAGUUCAGUUUCAAAGGAGAGCCCUUACGUUGCCAGAGAACACCAGCUAUAGUGAUCUGACAGCAUUUCUAACUUCAGCCAGUUCACCUUGGGAAGUAGACCGUUUUCCAUAUCUACAAGGAUCAGAUGGAAAUGGAACAGGAAAUAACACCAGGUAUGACCUUACCCCUGUUACUGCAGUCAGUGUUCAUUUGCUCAACAGUGACGGGACUCCAAUCCCAGUGAAUGGCCCCAUCUAUGUAACAGUGCCUCUGCCAGCAAACAGCAACCUGAAGCACAAUGCUCAUGUUCCAGCAUGGAAGUUUGACCAAAAAUUUGGGACAUGGCUGAAGAGUAGUUUAGGCCUUGUACAACAAGAUGGAAAUCAGCUGACUUGGACAUACAUUGCACCACAGUUGGGUUAUUGGGUUGCAGCCAUGUCUCCUACUAUCCCAGGUCCCAUUGUAACACAGGACAUUACCAGCUAUCACACAGUGUUUCUUUUGGCAAUUUUAGGAGGGAUGGCUCUCAUUCUUCUGGUUUUGUUCUGUCUCCUUUUGUAUUAUUGCAGGAGGAAAUGUAUAAAACCACGUCAGCACCAUAAGAAAUUGCAGCUUUCCACAGCACUGGAUGGUUCUAAGAAGGAUCAAUCAACCUCCAUGUCUCACAUCAACUUAAUAUUUUCACGACGGGAGUCAGAAUUUCCUGGAGGCAUGUCUGGUACCAGCAAUGGACACACCGAAACAUCAGGCACCAAGGAGUUAAUAAGUGCUGUCCACAUGGAAAUGGUGUCUCCUAGUGGAGAAGCAGAUAUGCAUACACCUAUGCUCAAACAUUCAUACAGUACUUCCCAGGAAUUCAGUUCCCGAGAAGAACUGCUUUCAGAUGAGAAAGACAAAAGCAGAAUCUCCUUGGAGAGCCUGAAUCCUAGUGGGACUUUAAUAAAAGACUAUCAGAAAUCAGCAGAUACUUUUCCUUUAAAAACAAGAAAAUCUACAGAAAUACCAGAGGGCUAUGAGUCUCCUAUCAAAGAAGAUUUCAGGAGAAGUUACAAUGCUAUGCUGUCUCAGCCUUUAUUUGAAAAGCAAGAGAGAGAGAUUCAAGUAUCCCUAAACCACAUUUCUACAGGAAGUAAAUACAAUAUUCAGGAACAAAUAUACCCUACACCUUCAGCCCCUGAAAAAGAACUGCUGGACUGCAGACCAACUGAAUGUAUGAUGUCUCGGUCUGUUGAUCAUCUUGAACGACCUACAUCUUUUCCUCGACCGGGUCAGUUGAUCUGCUGCAAUUCUGUUGAUCAAGUCAAUGACAGUGUUUACAGAAAAGUGUUGCCUGCAUUGGUCAUCCCAGGUCAUUACAUGAAAUUACCAGGAGAACACCCUUUCGUUAGUCAACCACUGGUUGUCCCUACUGACCAGCAAAUUGAUAUAGAAAGACUGCAGGCUGAGCUUUCCAACCCUCAUGCACAGCUUUUUCCACAUCCUCCCCAACAGAUACAAUCCCAACAGUUAUCAUCACAAGCAAUAUCUCAACAACAUUUGCAAGAUGCAGGUGCAACUGAGUGGAGUCCACAGAAUGCUUCCAUGUCAGAGUCUAUAUCCAUUCCUGCCUCACUUAAUGAUGCAUCUUUGGCCCAGAUGAAUAGUGAAGUGCAGCUUCUCACAGAAAAAGCUUUGAUGGAACUUGGAGGUGGAAAGCCACUCCCUCAUCCUCGAGCAUGGUUUGUUUCUCUUGAUGGACGUUCAAAUGCUCAUGUUAGACAUUCAUACAUUGAUCUCCAAAGAGCUGGAAGGAAUGGAAGUAAUGAUGCCAGUUUGGAUUCUGGUGUUGACAUGAAUGAACCCAAAUCUGCCCGAAAGGGAAGAGUAGAUCAUUUACCCAUUCAGCAGGUUCACCAGCCAGUGCAGGAGCACCAGCAGAGAGAACAGAGAGUGUCAGAUAGUACAGCUUACACACAGCUUGUGUAUUUGGAUGAUAUGGACCAAAGUGGCAGUGAAUGUGGAACAGCAGUUUGCAGCCCUGAGGACAGCACUCUAAGAUGCCUAUUGGAUGGGGCUAGUAAAAGAAGUGUCCAGUUGCCCAGCCUGCAGGAGGAAACAACAAAAAGAACUGUAGAAAUGCAACCAGAGCCAUUAACUAGCCCUGAACAUGGGGCAUCUGUCCAUGAUGACGAUGAUGAUGAGGAUGACGACCAAGGAGAAGAUAAAAAGAGUCCUUGGCAGAAACGAGAGGAGAGACCACUGAUGGCUUUCAAUAUAAAAUGAGCUAUUGAAAAAAAUCUGCUUUUCAGUGGAGUAUAAUUGCCAAAUAUUCUUUCUGUGGAAGUGCUUGAUUGUGGAAGAAAAAAGAAAAAAAAACUGUGGUGGGCAGCAUUUGACAGAACUUAAAAUGCAUUACUGUGUAAAUGUUAGAGAGUUAAAAUCAUUAUUCUGACUUAAUGGAUGCCUCCAGUGAGAUAGCUGAAAGAAGAGUGUGAUUGUUAAUCCAUUUACUUGAUAUUAGUCAUCAAGGAUGUUGAAAAUACUGACAAAUUGUUUUGGCUGGUUUAUGACCUCAGUCUCCUUUCUAGUGGGAGCUCGUGAAACUUUAUGUUUUCUUAAGCCAAUUUUAUCUUGAUAAUGCUACUGAAGAAAUACCUAAAAACAAAAGUGUGACACUUAGUGUCUAAAAUUAUGCAUUAUCUCAAUGGAAGGCUAUGCAUUGCUGCUUUUUAGUAAUAUUUUGCUUAUACUAUGCUUUUCUUAUUUUUACAAGUUGGUUGUAAACAUUUUAUGUCAUUAUUAUAAUCUAUUCAGCAAUUUGUCUUAAUGUAAAACUGCAGGAAACUUGAGUAGCAUCCCUUGGUAUCAAAGCCUUUUUAUAAAACCAAACUGAACUUUGUGUCAACUAGGAGUCCUCCAAUUCUGGUCCCAUUAACUCAAAGUGCCUUUUUUACAGUAACAAUGAAGAGUCCCUUCUUUUGCUAACUCCUUUUAAUUGACCCUGUUUGGAUUUUAUAAAUAUAUGAAAUUAUACCUUUUCUUUUAAACUGCAUGCCAAGUGUCCCAUUUGUGCUGAGCAUUUCUCAUUUCAAUACGGUGUAUUCAGUAGCUAUCAUGUGUACUGUGGAUUCUCGUUUAGCCAAGGUAGACUUAGAGAACAUUUUCAUGACCCAAAAUA